GCUCAGCCCGGGGUCCGUUGUGGCUGACCCCGCCAUCUUUGCGUCUCUGGCCGCUUUUCUUCUUAGCUUUGGGGUUCCCGAUUGCACCCGAUCUGUGUCGCCGUGUGACUCGCUGGUGCCUGGACACCCAGCGCGAGGGUCCCGCUCACCCGGAAUCCCGAAAUGGGGUUGGUGUCAUUUGAGGACGUGGCUGUGGACUUCACCUGGCAGGAGUGGCAGGAGCUGGAUGCUGCUCAGAGGACCCUCUACAGAGAUGUGAUGCUGGAGAACUACAGUAGCCUGGUGUCCUUGGGACACUGCGUGACUAAACCUGAGUUGAUCUUCAGGUUGGAGCAUGGAUUUGGGCCGUGGAGCAUAGGAGAGACCUCACUCUGGAGUCUCCCAGGUGUUCUUGAAGUUUAUGCUCCAGAUAAGAGUUGCCUAGAAAAUCUCGAGAGUCAUAUGUGGCCGGUAGGAAGCAUCAGCAGGAAUCUGUCAAAUAGAGAGAUGCUUGAAGCAGAAAUGAAGGUUCAGCUGGAACUCCAUCAAGGUAUAAAACCCUAUGAAGGUAAACCAUGUAUGAAAACGAUUAACCUGCCAGCACAGCACAAUAAGCAGCAUGAAUAUUAUUCAAGUAUGAAACCCUACGAAUGGAAGGAAUGUCAGAAAGCUUUCUAUUGUAAGUCAGCGCUCACUGAACAUCAGAGAACUCGUACAAGAUUGAAGAUCUAUCAGUGUACAGAAUGCAGGAAAGCUUUCCCCUCCAAAUCAGAACUCACUGUACAUCAUAGAAUUCAUACUGGUGAGAAGCCCCAUGAAUGUGAAGAAUGUGGUAAAGCUUUCUAUCGUAAGUCAACUCUUACUGUACAUCAGAAAACUCAUAGAGGUGAGAAACCUUAUGAAUGCAAGGAAUGUUGGAAAGCUUUCUAUUAUAAGUCAACCCUCACCGAACAUCAGCGAAUUCAUACAGGUGAGAAGCCUUAUGUAUGUAAAGACUGUGGCAAAGCUUUCUUCUACAAGUCAAACUUAACUCGCCACAAUAGAACCCAUACAGGUGAGAAGCCUUAUGAAUGUGAAGAAUGUAGGAAAGGUUUUUCCUCCAAGUCAGAGCUCACCUCACAUCAUAGAACUCAUACAGGUGAGAAGCCCUAUCAGUGUGAAGAAUGUGGUAAAGCUUUUUACUGCAAGUCAACCCUCCGUGUUCAUCAGAAAAUUCAUACAGGUGAAAAGCCUUAUGAGUGUAAAGAAUGUCAGAAAUCUUUCUAUUAUAAGUCAACCCUGACUGAACAUCAGAGAACUCACACAGGUGAGAAGCCCUAUGAAUGUAAAGACUGUGGCAAAGCUUUCUUCUACAAGUCACAGUUAACUCGCCAUCAUAGAAUUCAUACAGGUGAGAAACCUUAUGAAUGUGAAGAGUGCAGGAAAGCUUUCUCCUCCAAGUCAGAGCUCACUGCUCAUCAUAGAACUCAUACCGGUGAGAAGCCCUAUGAAUGUAAAGAAUGUGGCAAAUGUUUCUGUCGCAAGUCACACUUAACUCUGCAUCAUAGAAUCCAUACAGGUGAGAAGCCCUAUGAAUGUAAAGAUUGCCGAAAAGCUUUCUUCUGCAAGUCAGGACUUGCCCGACAUCUGGGAACUCAUACACAUGACACUAAUAUGAAGAAGAGAGAAAAGCAUUUUCCCGCAACUCACAGCUCAGCCAACAUCAGAAAUGUCAUACAAGUGAGGAACCCUGUAAAUAUAAAGAAUGAAGAAAAACUCUCUACUGUAAAUCAGUCCUCACUCCAUACCGUGGACUUCUUACAGUUGAGAAGUCCUAUAGAUGUACAUGAUGCAGGAAAACUUACCUUCGUAACUCAUGCCUCAUUCAAUAUGAAUGAACUCAGAUGAGACACACUAGUAGUUUCGAGCAAGCAAGAAAGCUUGCAGUCAGCCAGGGUCACUUGACAUCAGAGAAUGCAUGCAGAAUGAUGACAGCAAGGAACAUGUGAAAAGGGCCACAAGGGAGACCUUCCUCAACAGCAGAAAAGCCACAGUGGUUUGAGACAUUGUGUCUCGAAAGAACAUAGGGAAGCUCUACUGUAGUUCUCUCAGUUUGAGCAUCUCAUGCAUAUGAAGAAGCUUAUGAAUUUAAAGGUCAAAAGUUUUGAGUGAUACUCAGUUGACAUGAGUAUACAUGCCAUGAAGAAUCCUGAGAAUGUUUAAAAAUCUAACGUUAUAUACUGUAGAAUACUGUAUAUGUACUAACCUUGGAAAACAACCAUUUAAGGGACUUUGUUAAAGAACAUAGGAAAACUUUGAUAAGUCAGAUCUCAUUCUGCAUCAGAACAGUUAUAUAGGUGAGAGGCUAUGUACAAAUAAAUUUGUCAUAUAUUGUGGUAUUUGUUUAUGUUCCAUGUUCAUUGAGACAUAGUUGUUCAAGACUAGAAAUAUCAUAGCCUCUGGAACUCGGAUAGGCCCAGAGUGUUACAGUAGCAUGUAUAGAAACGUGGUGUAGUUUAGAAGUGGUGUUGAGGUAUAGUGGAUGUGACUGUGACACUGUACCUGGUAGGAGGCACUGUCUUGUGGGACUGUUAAAGUGCUCUGUUUUCUUACUCUCAUCUGGCAAGAGAAAAGAUGGUAGAUCUUCUGAUAGUUAUUUUAAUCUGACAGUCACUGACAUAGGAGUCAAGAAAUUAGCAACUUAUUUCCAUAUCCUCCUCAGAGAAAUGAUGGCUAUGAGUGGUGACAGUUAUAUCAAAUUAUGAGCACAGGAGAGACCCAGGUAUAUGAGGUUUGUACCAUACUUUGCAGAUAUGCAAAGGAAUAUAGACCUCUGCCUGAGAUAAGAAACAAAGUGAGUGUUAGAGCCAGGAUCAAAUAUCCUAUCUCAGCGCAGUGGUGGUUUGCACUAGCUCUGCACCAUUUUACUUGGGCCAGAUACACACAGUCUGAGGUAAAGAAGCAGUGCUGUUUGUGACUGAAGGGAGUCUUCACAACCAUUUACCAGCUCUGGCAGAAGAGAAUCUAAACAAUGGUGGACUGGCUGACUGUCCUCUGAGCCAAGCAAGUGCCAUCAUGGAGAAUUCAGCUGUGCCCCCUUGCAAAAGCUUAUCCUAGCUGGGUUUGUUGAUGGUUUAUACCCUCCUAUCCUCCCCCUAGUAUCCAACUGCUUCCUACUAACUGGCAACUCUGCAGACUCUGGAGAAAAGAUUUAGAGAGAGAGAGAGAGUGUGUGUGUGUAUGUGUGUAUGUAUAUUUGUAUGUGUGUAUGCAUGCCUGGGAAGACUAGGGGAGGAGCCAUUUACUCUAUGAUGUUUGGGAAAAACCCAGUUCCUGCUGUGUAAGGCUUUCCAGAUGUGGCCCACUGGGGAUGGAGUGCCCACACCCUUGUAAGUAACCCUCACCACUCACACUCUCUCUGUAAAGAAGACAAAUAAAAUAAACUCAUUGGUUUAUUUGUGAA